CAGGGACACAGGAUGGCAACGCGAUCAGCAGGAGUAUCUAACGGGACAUGCGGACGGACUUAAAUCUAUUACAUUUCUGACUGCCGGUUGCCUACCGGUUAAGAGUGUUGGGCCAGUAAUCGAAAAGGUCGCUGGUUUGAUUCCCAGAUUCCGGCAAGGUGGAAAAAUCUGCCUCUGCCCUCCAGCAACCCUCAACAACAACUGCUCUCGGGGUGCCGUGGUCAUUGAUUAAGGCAGCCCCCCACACCUCUGAUUCAGAGGGGUUGGGUUAAAUGCAGAAGACACAUUUCAGUUUAAUGCAUUGUUGUGCAACUGACUAGUGUGAGGUGUCACCAUGCCUCUGGUGAAGAGGAACAUUGACCCGCGCCACCUGUGCCGGGGGGCGUUACCAGACGGCGUCGGCAGUGAGCUGGACUGUGUGAUGAACAACACCCUCUCCUCCAUCAUCCGCCAGCUCAGCAGCCUGAGUAAACAUGCGGAGGACAUCUUUGGAGAGCUGUUCAAUGAGGCCAACACGUUCUACCUGAGAGCCAACUCCCUGCAGGACCGCAUCGACCGUCUGGCUGUCAAGGUCACCCAGCUGGACUCCACUGUGGAGGAAGUCUCUCUGCAGGACAUUAACAUGAAGAAGGCAUUUAAGAGCAGUACCGCCCAGGACCAGCAGGUGGUGUCCACGAGGAGCGUGCCCAUCCCUGUCAAGGAGAUGUACAACCUGAGUGAUAAACCUCCACCGCUCAACAUCCUCUCCAAAUAUAGGGAUGACCACAAGGAGGGGCUGAAGUUCUACACUGACCCCUCCUACUUCUUCAACCUGUGGAGAGAAACAAUGCUGCAGGACACAGAGGACAAGAGGAAGGAGAAGAGGAAGAACAAAGAGCAGAAGCGUUGUGUGGACGGGACGUUGCAGAGGGAGGUGAAGAAGGUGCGUAAGGCUCGGAACCGUCGUCAGGAGUGGAAUAUGUUGGCCCUGGAUAAGGAGCUGAGGCCUGACCACCGCCACACACACUCGCUCCACCAGGGGCCCACCUCCGAGGGAUCACUGUCCCCUGAGAUGAGGGGUCUUGGGCCUGAUCACAUGGACCACCACCACUACCCUAACUCAACCAACCAUGCUGGUCACGCUUACACAUACUCCGGCCCACCCCCGAGUCUCCUGGCUGCUCAGCUGGCUGCCCAGGGACAUGCCACUCUGGACAAGGACUAUAGGGGAGCCACCCUGGGUCGCCCCCACGAUGCUCCACCCCCUCCUCCACCCACUGAGAACAUGAACGGAUCUCUGCCCCCUGUGGACUACAGUAUGAUGGAGGGAUAUGGAAACGGUCCUCCUCCCACUCCUCUCAUGCCAUCAGCACAAUCUGCCUUUGCCACGCCCCCCGGGGGACCACUUCCUCCUCCAGGACCAGUGGGAUCAGCCGGUGGCUAUGCCCCGACCCCACCACCACUCACUGGGUCUCUGGUGGCUCCACCUCCCCCUAUACCUCCGCCCCCUCCUCCAGGCUCCUCCUACUCUACCACUCCCAAGAUGUCCUCCAUGCCCCACAUUGCCCAACCUGUUAAUGAUGCUCGUAGUGAUCUGCUAGCUGCCAUACGCAUGGGUAUCCGGUUGAAAAAGGGUCAGGAGCAGCAGGAGCAGCAGGAAAAGAGGGAGCCUGUAGGGAACGAUGUGGCCACCAUCCUGUCCAGACGCAUCGCCGUUGAGUACUCCGACUCCGAGGACGACUCCGAGUUGGAGGAGAACGACUGGUCUGACUAACACACACACCCCACACACACACACACACACACACACUCAAAAGCUGAAAAGCACAUACACGUUCACAUCCACAAACUAAGAACCACUAAAAGGUAUGUGUACGAACACAUGAACAUAAGCUAACAUUCACAUAUACAGACUCAUACACUCCCUCGUGUGGUAGGUAUGUUUGUACAGUAUAUAAGCUUGGUGAUCCUUGGUCACAUGUAGCACUGCUGGGAGAUCAGGCUCCUGCAUCAGCUGCUGAAGGAUUCACAACUAGAACGCUCGGGUUGUAUUCAAGAUGCACACUGUCAUGUUCAGCUGCUAUACAGACACUGACUGCAAACCAACGUUCAAUUCACAACUAUUGCAUUAACAUUUAAGGAUUCUCACGCAACGCUCUGGGCAUCUUGAAUACACCCCAGGAGACCACAGUGUCUCUGUAUAAUAUGUUUUCCAUAAUAACACUAGUAAAGCCCUGUAUGUGUUGGCACCCCACGAAUGGGGACUUAGUUACCAUACAUGAGAUAUCUUAAGGGCGUCACUUGGAGAAAUAGCAACCUCCCCUUGGACAGAAAAUCUACUUGUCUUUUCUAAUGUUUUUACUCAAACACUUAUUAAUAGUUAAUCUGGGAAGCGACAAGUUUUUAAUGUGUAGAUUAUAGCAACUGGAGGAAGAGAAGUCCGAGUGGACUGCAGUGGUCAGGGUAGCGUUCAGGAGGAACAAAUAGGAGACAAUGUUUUUAAAGCGUUUCCCAACUGUUCCUUCUGAACAACACCUGAGAGUGAGGCUGUAUUCCAUUAACCGCACUAACAAUGUAGACCAGAUAUAUGUUGAGAGUUAGGCCAAUGAGGGUUCUCUCUGAACAUUCAUGGAGCGCCACUUUCUCCUCAAUAGCCAUUUCUAAGUGAUAAUUAAAGCUUCCACGUUGUGCUGUUUACUGUUGAUAGUUUUCACAGUGAAAGCAGAUGUGCAAUUUGUUGACUUGAAUACACAUUAUCCCCAAUGCUAAUCAAUAAAAAAAUAUGUUAAAUUCCCUGCUCUGUUUUGCUUGAUUUACAGUGGGUCAUUUCAUAGGGAACUGUCAGAGGCACUCUCGUAUUGGUACAUCACAACUAUUCAUUAAUAAAGUUCUAUAUGGGCGCUAACAUGGUGGCUGUGGUAACACCUGGCCUAACUCUAUAUAUGUGACUGAUGUAGACUAUUGACUGGGCAUCUUCCUAAGUGGUACUCAAGAAUGGAUAUUGAAACGUAGCUGGAGUGUGUGGUAAGAGCGUCUGAUUGGAGAUCAGAGAGAUAUGAGUGAAAGGAAGCUUAAUGAAUAACAUCUGAGACUAUGAUCGCUUAGUGAUGUCUAGCAAAGAUUUGGAAGCUGAAAAAUAGAUUGGAUUGGGUUUAGGGUUGUCAUGGUUAUUUUUUGUAAAAUCUGUAACCUUUGAACUCUGACCUUGAGAACAAAUAUGAAAAAGGAU